GUGAUAUAUUUUAUUGAGUUUUUUUUAGUUUGUUUUGUUAUUAGUUUAGUUGGAGUUGCGUGUAACCCAUCUCCUUAUUUUGGGGCGGGAAGUUUGGUUGUUGCUGCUGGUCUAGGGUGUGGAGUUUUAAUUUUGUUAGGGGGUUCUUUUGUAUCUCUUGUACUCUUGUUAAUUUAUUUGGGUGGUAUAUUAGUUGUUUUUGCUUAUUCUGUUGCUUUAGCAUCAGACCCCUUUCCUGAGUCUUGGGGCAAUUUAGGGGGUUAUUUAAUCAGUUAUGUUUUUCUAAUAGUAUUUUUAGUGUUCAUGUUUGGUGAAGGGGAAUUUAUUAGUUUGGGAGUUAAUGGAAUAGAUUCGUGGGGGUUAUCCGUUGUUCGUGUGGAUUUAAGUGGUGUGUCAUUAUUAUAUUAUUUAGGUGGAGGAGGUUUGUUGAUUUGUGGUUGAGCAUUAUUAUUGACGUUGUUUGUUGUCUUAGAAUUAACUCGUGGGUUAGUGCGGGGGAGUCUUCGUGUUGUUAGG